AAGUCAAGUAGCAAAGAUGGCGGUAUCGGUGUUUCCCUGUGUGCGGUUGCGGUCCAUCGGGGACGCGAACGGAGAGAUCCAGCGACACUCCGAGCAACAGCCCUUGAGGUUGGAGGUUAAAAGCACCCCAGACACGGCUCUCCUAAAUCUCUCCAAUAGCGAUGAGACAUCAGUCUUCAAGUGUUCGUUGUCCAGGGAAACAGAAUGCAGUCGUGUGGGGAAACAGUCAUUCAUCAUCACACUGGGCUGCAACAGUGUCCUGCUACAGUUCUCCACACCUGCAGAGUUUACUUCCUUCUAUAACAUUCUGAAGAGUUGCCGGGGCCACAAUGCAGAACACUCCGUCUUCAGUGACAGGACAGAAGAGUCCUCUGCCGUGCAAUACUUUCAGUUCUAUGGCUAUCUCUCUCAGCAGCAGAACAUGAUGCAGGACUAUGUUCGGACCGGAACCUACCAACGUGCCAUCCUUCAGAACCACGGUGACUUUAAGGACAAGGUGGUGUUAGAUGUGGGCUGUGGUUCAGGUAUUCUGUCGUUCUUUGCGGCGCAGGCCGGAGCCAGGAAGGUCUACGCUGUGGAGGCUAGCACCAUGGCCCAGCACGCAGAGGUGCUGGUAAACUCCAACGGAAUGGGGGAUCGUGUGGUGGUGAUAGCAGGGAAGGUGGAGGAGAUCUCUCUACCAGAGCAGGUGGACAUCAUCAUCUCUGAACCCAUGGGAUACAUGCUCUUCAACGAGAGAAUGCUGGAGAGUUACCUACACGCCAAGAAGUUCCUCAAACCCAACGGUAACAUGUUCCCCACUCUAGGUGACGUCCACCUGGCUCCCUUCACAGAUGAGCAGUUAUACAUGGAACAGUUCACCAAGGCCAACUUCUGGUAUCAGCCAUCGUUCCAUGGUGUUGAUCUGUCAUCGCUGAGAGAAGCUGCAGUAGACGAGUAUUUCAGACAGCCCAUUGUGGACACCUUUGAUAUCCGUAUCCUCAUGUCCAAGUCUGUCAAAUACACUGUCAACUUCCUGGACGCGAAAGAGGGGGAUCUGCACAGGAUGGAGAUUCCCUUUAAGUUCCACAUGAUGACGUCAGGUCUGGUCCAUGGUCUGGCCUUCUGGUUUGACGUGGCUUUCAUCGGCUCAGCGGUAACAGUGUGGCUCUCCACCUCUCCUACGGAGCCUCUGACCCACUGGUACCAGGUCCGCUGUCUGCUCCAGUCCCCUCUCUUCACCAAGGCAGGAGACACCCUGUCUGGCACUGCAACACUCAUCGCUAACAAGAGACAGAGCUAUGACAUCAGUAUGGUGGCCCAGGUGGACCAGACCGGAAGCAAGUCUAGCAACCUGCUGGAUCUCAAGAACCCCUUCUUCAGGUACACAGGCAGCACGUCAGCCCCGCCCCCAGGCUCUCACUACUCCUCCCCCUCAGAGAACAUGUGGAGCAAUGGAGGAGUCUACAACAUGAACCAGGGAGGGAUGCCUGCCGUGUAUGACCUCAGUACGGUCAUCGGUGGCGGGGGCUCCACCGUGUCUCACAACAAUCUCAUCCCUCUUGGAGUGACAACUGGACAAUCGGGGCCCGGCAACAGUCCUCAAUACCCAAUCAACAACAGCCAGUUCACCAUGGGCGGGCCUUCCAUCUCCAUGUCGUCUCCCAUGGCGAUGCCUAGCAACACUAUGCACUACGGGAGCUAAGACCUGCCAACCGUCCGUAGCUCCCCCACCCCCCUCUUCUCUCCCUCCCUCCCUCCUCCCUCCCACACCCCCCCUCCUGGAAGGAAACCAAACUGGACUGAUAAUAUGGACGUGCCUCUCCUCCGUUCUCUGGUUCCUGAUGUCUCCGGCCCAGUCCAGAAACAACUACACACUGAAAGGGUUGGAUAGGUUUAGGGCUGUCAAAUGUCCAGGUUCUCCAUUCUGGUUGGAGGAUUUCUGAUGUCCUACUUGUUCUGUCUGGACUGCAACCGUUGAUGGUCUAAGUAAUGUUGCCUCAACACAUCCCCUUGAUCUCAACACAUCCCCUUGAUCUCAACACAUCCCCUUGAUCUCAACACAUCCCCUUGAUCUCAACACAUCCCCUUGAUCUCAACACAUCCCCUUGAUCUCAACACAUCCCCUUGAUCUCAACACAUCCCCUUGAUCUCAACACAUCCCCUUGAUCUCAACACAUCCCCUUGAUCUCAACACAUCCCCUUGAUCUCAACACAUCCCCUUGAUCUCAACACAUCCCCUUGAUCUCAACACAUUCUGAGGCAGAGUGAAAGGUGUGUGCUUGUAACCAUUCUGUUUUAUGUAUUCACAACCCACAUAGAAACAUUUAGGAUCUUAUGUACUUACUGUGGUUAUGGGGGUUUAGAAACGUACACACACAGUUGUAUUAUACACACACACACAGUUGUAUUAUACACACACACACAGUUGUAUUAUAUACACACACAGUUGUAUUAUACAUAUACACACACACACACAGUUGUAUUAUACAUACACACACACACACACACACACACACACACACACACACACACACACAGUUGUAUUAUACAUACACACACACACACACACACACACACACACAGUUGUAUUAUACACACAGACAGUUGUAUUAUACACACAGACAGUUGUAUUAUACACACAGAGCCUCCUGCAGGACAGAAAGGACUUUGAGCUUCUGUGAAGUUUUAUCAGUCACUCCCAUCUUCCCCAGCCCGUCGCUUGUGACCCAACGUCCCGAUCAAUAAAUUCCUGAAUCCUAACCUUUCACCCAAGGUUACCUUAUUCAACCGACCAAUCAAAGCAAACAGUCUGAGUGUCUGACCAAACCGGCAGCUGCGAGGGAGAGAGGGUGAUCCAGGUUUUAGCCAAUCGGGACAGGAGAUUGUCUCUGUAGGGCGGGGUUUGUAGCCGCUGUAGACUAGCCAGGGGUUCUGUUCUGUAGGGUGGGGUCUGUAGACUAGCCAGGGGUUUUAUUCUGUAGGGUGCGGUCUGUAGACUAGCCAGUGGUUCUGUAGGGUGGAGUCUGUAGCCGCUGUAGACUAGCCAGGGGGUCUGUUCUGUAGGGUGGGGUCUGUAGCCGCUGUAGACUAGCCAGGGGGUCUGUUCUGUAGGGUGGGGUCUGUAGACUAGCCAGGGGGUCUGUUCUGUAGGGUGGGGUCUGUAGCCGCUGUAGACUAGCCAGGGGGUCUGUAGCCGCUGUAGACUAGCCAGGGAUUCUGAUCUGUAGGGUGGGGUCUGUAGACUAGCUAGGGGCUUUGUUAUGUAGUGUGGGGUCUGUAGACUAGCCAGUGGUUCUGUAGGGUGGGGUCUGUAGACUAGCCAGGGGUUCUGUAGGGUGGGGUCUGUAGACUAGCCAGGGGUUCUGUAGGGUGGGGUCUGUAGACUAGCCAGGAGUUCUGUAGGGUGGGGUCUGUAGACUAGCCAGGGGUUCUGUAGGGUGGGGUCUGUAGACUAGCCAGGAGUUCUGUAGGGUGGGGUCUGUAGACUAGCCAGGGGUUCUGUAGGGUGGGGUCUGUAGACUAGCCAGGGGUUCUGUAGGGUGGGGUCUGUAGACUAGCCAGGGGUUCUGUAGGGUGGGGUCUGUAGACUAGCCAGGGGAGUCCUGGCACCUUACUGAAUAUGUCCCCUGUUGUUUAGGGUGUAAUGUUUUCGCUGUUUAACAAGUGUUUAUCGGGACCUGUGAGAGACGUCAUGCAACCUCCUAGGAAAUCCCAAAUGGCUCCAUAUUCCCCAGUGGACUCCUUUGAUUAAGGUCCCUUGGGGCUCUGGUCUACAGAUGUAUGCUAUAUAGGGUGCCAUUUGGGACACUGACAGUCUCCUUGCAGACACAUCAUGUAGAGUGUUGGUCCCAUGUUUCAUCAGCUGAAAUAAAAGAUCCCAGCCAUUUUC